CUUAAAGAGCUGCGGGCUCACUUUUGGCGCAGAAUAUAAACAUGGCAAACAUGGCUGCAAAUAGGAGUGAAAGUACCGCUGAGAAACCAACGUUUACGUGCGCGUCUUGUGGAUUUCAAUGUAAUUAUGAAUAUUUUGGAAAAAAGCCACCUUUCUCCAAAUCAGUGGUACUUCUGGAAGAUGCAUAUGUUAUUCGCGAUCCUUUCUCACCAAAUGCAGGGCAUUUAACAUUAGGUGGACAGUGCUGCGUGUGUGCAAGACACAUUUGCAUGUCACAGACAUGCAGUAUUUUCUACACCAAGCGGUUCUGUAUUCCGUGUGUUCAAAACAACAAAGAGGAAUUCCCAGAUGAAAUACUUAAGGAUCUGCAAAAGAAAGACCCCUCUUGUAGCUAGUGAACAUUCAAAGGAAAGAAAUGGAAAGAGGAGACAGGUUACCAAACUCAGAACGCAAACCCCAUGGAUGUUAAAAGAAAACGAAAUGGCAGAGAAGUUGGGGAGAAGGUGGAAAAGAAGCAGCCUCUAAGAAGAGAAAGAACUGGGCACGACACUUAACACCUUAUAUUCUCCGUACUGUUCUAUACUUUUCCAAAAGUGCAGAAAAGGAGAAUUUGUUUAACAAUCAAGAGCUUCUUUAAUUGAUGAUCAUUUCCUUUAUUCUUGUGAAUUUAGUAUUUGUGAUUCAGAAGUUGUCAUUGUGUGGAGAAAUUUGAUGCCGAUCACUCUUAGGGUCAAAAGGUUGAAAAAGGACGAGGUAGUGGUAGUAGUUGGAGGUUCGCCUACAGAUCUUUGCGAAUCACAAGCCGCAGUGUUCUCUGUAAGAUGUUCGUGCACGUCCCACGUAGAUCUAAAGCGUUGAAUAUCUCGGUUCGAUGCAAACCAUAACUUUUUGUUGCCUGUUACUUAUCAGUUCCCUUGCUUCUGAAUCACUGGAGUCAUUAGUUGUUUUUCAUAAGACAGAGUUGAACUUUGUCACCGGCCGUGCAGAAAAAACAAGGUUUAGUUAUCUCCAUUUUUAGCGAGUCCUAAGUACUCGAUCAAGGGUUGAAAGUAAUUCUCUUCUCUCUCUACGUGUCGAACAUUAAAGAAAUGGUCUCUUUGCAGUGCACCAAGCUGGGAUCGUUUUGGUCGCCUUGUCGAGCAGAAAAACGAAUUAUGUGACUAGAACUUUGCGGUGGAAGACACCAAUUUAAAGAGGUCACAUGGUAAAUUAUAACAUU